CGAGGCCACGAGGCCUCCAGGUGACUGUGUGGCCCGUCCCUCUCGGGGGAGCUGAGAGGCAAUGCCUCCUGCUGCCGUGACCUCCAGGCUGCCAGGCCCUCGGCCCGGCUCACCUCCCGCACAGCAGUGCCAGGCACCUCCGCCCGGACGGGUCCCGAGAGCGUCGCAUCAGAGCGGGGCAGAUGGACCGGCUGCUCCCCAGGCACACGCAGAGGCGGCCUGCGCCCACGAGCCGGGCGUGGAGGAGCCCACGUGUGGUGAGGGCCGGGAUGCCACCAGGAGAGCGGUGCCACGUGCGGGCUCCCCGGGAUCGCUGCCCACCCACCCGAAGCCCUUUGGUCCUGCAGCUGAGCGAGCAUCUGAGGAAGGGAACCCAGAGGCCAGGCCGGCACAGGGGACGCCAGGGCGGCAGCUCAUCCCUGCCCACGAGGACAGGUGGCCUGCUUCCCCCCGGGAGAAGGCACAGGUGAGCGGCCUGGGCCUCAGCCACACUGUCCUCGGCUCAAGGCAAACACUUCCCUACCAUCGGGGCAGGGACGGGCUGUCUCUGAUCCCAGAUGUACCAUCACGCGUGCGCCGCCUCCUCAGGAAGCCCCCGCACUCCAGGAAUGACUCCAAGCGCUGAGUCACCCACCGCAGCUCCUUCCUGCAAGCUCACACUUACCUCUCGCAAACCACGCGUCCCACACCCACGGCACCUCGUGUCACAAAUAGACCCGACCUGUGAACACAUAUUCCCACUUCCCCCACCGUGUGGUCCCCCGGCUCCCGCUGCUGAUUCCAGAGGGGCCAUGCCUGUGUCUGCCGUCAGCACCCGCUCC